CAGGGGUCGGUCGAAGUAGGUGGUGACGGCCUGGGUGGUUGCCCCACCUUAACCGGCCGUGGUGACUAAGCCAGUUGUCCCACUUCGCCCAGGGCAGGCGCCAGCCAGCCCACGAUACCUGCCCAUUGCUCCUUAUCAGCCUUGCUGUUCCGACAGUAUUCUCACCCAAGCUGCCUUUGGAGUUCCAGGCACCUUGCUCUCUGACAAAAUAGGUCGUCGAAAUGCCAUGAUUGGUGGAGCUGCUGGCGGAGCUGUCGUUCUGGCUCUGAUUGGCAUGUGUGGCUACUUUGUCGACAAUUAUGCCGACUCUGACCCAGCACUGGCGAAGUCUUACGGGUCAGCGACCGUUGCGCUGGUCUUCAUAUGGGCAGCAAUUUUUGGUUCCACGUGGCUCUGGUGCCCUUUCACGUAUCCCUCGGAGAUCUUCCCAGCUCAAUCUCGUGCUAAAGGAAGCUCGGUGGGCAUAGUUGGUCUGGGCCUUGGUUCUUUCUUCUCCAGCAUGAUCAGUCCUUACUUGUUCACUGCAGUCGGUUACGGAGCGCUGUUCAUGAUCUGUGGACUAAGUAAUUAAUCCCAAAAAUCAUCAAUCCCAAAACAUUGUGUCUUAAUCCC